UGUGCAGCUCUGCCCCGUGUCUCCCGUGUCCCCCAUGGAGCCCACGGCCAUGUCAGCCCCAGUGGCCAGAGUAGCCCGGCGGCGGGCGACCGCAGAAGGUCUUGGCUCCCACCAGAAAGCCAUGAAGUACUUGGGCCAGGACUUUGAGAGCCUGAGGCGACAGUGCUUGGACUCAGGAGUCCUCUUUAAGGACCCAGAGUUCCCUGCGUGCCCGUCUGCCUUGGGCUACAAGGAUCUGGGGCCACACUCCCCGCAAACCCAAGGUGUCAUCUGGAAACGGCCCACGGAAUUGUGUCCCAGCCCCCAGUUCAUUGUGGAUGGAGCCACGCGAACAGACAUCUGUCAGGGGAGUCUGGGUGACUGCUGGCUGCUGGCCGCCCUUGCCUCCCUAACCUUGAAUGAAGGGCUGCUUCGCCGCGUGGUCCCCGGGGGCCAGGAUUUCCAGCAGAACUACGCGGGGAUCUUCCAUUUUCAGUUCUGGCAGUACGGCAAGUGGGUGGAAGUGGUCGUGGAUGACAGGCUGCCCACCAAGGAUGGGGAGCUGCUCUUCCUGCACUCAGAGACGGGCAGCGAGUUCUGGGGAGCACUGCUGGAGAAGGCCUACGCCAAGCUCAACGGUUCCUAUGAGGCUCUCACUGGAGGGUCCACGGUGGAGGGCUUUGAGGAUCUCACUGGAGGCAUUUCUGAGUUUUAUGACCUGAAGAAACCCCCAGCCCGCCUGUUUCAGAUCAUCCGGAAGGCCCUCCGUGCGGGGUCCCUGCUGGCCUGCUCCAUUAACGUCUCCAGUGCAGCUGAAGCAGGAGCGGAGGCCACCACCUGCCAGAAACUGGUGAAGAGCCACGCAUACUCCAUCACUGGGGUCCAAGAGGUGGAUUUCCGGGGUCGUCCUGAGAAGCUGAUCAGACUCCGGAACCCAUGGGGCGAAGUGGAGUGGACAGGGGCUUGGAGUGACGAUGCCCCAGAGUGGAAUGACAUAGACCCCAGGCAGAAGGCAGAGCUGGAUAAGAAAGCGGAGGAUGGCGAGUUCUGGAUGUCAUUUUUGGAUUUCCUGGAGCAGUUCUCCCGGCUGGAGAUCUGCAACUUCUCCCCAGCCUCCCUGAGUAGUGAGGAGCUGCACAAAUGGGACCUGGUCCUGUUCAACGGCCGCUGAUGCGGGGCUCUACCCCUGGGGGCCACACCAACUUCCCAGGCUCCUCUCGGGUUGAGUCAGCCGAGGCAGCAGGAAGAAGAUGCUGAAAAACCGACCCACCUCCUGAAGGAGAAAUGAAGGAAAGCAAAGCCUGCUCCCUCUGUCCCCCAGCCCCCCAGCCCACCCAGCCUCCCCCUCCCGGCUCUGACGCUGAUCAUUGCAGGGCUGCGCUCUGAGUCAUAAUAAAAUCCCAUGUUCGUGCAGGCUGG